GUAGGUGCAUAUGAACCUAGUUGUCGAAUCGUUAUCUUGUUCCGAAUAUUGUUAUUUACCGGUACAUUGCAAAUGAAUUCUACAAGUAGGCUUCGUAAUAUGAACGUUUGUCCUACAUUUAAGAUUGAUUGUAAUGCAGUGGUUGUUAUGACAGAUGACGAUUUGGCAAGAUAUCUCCUGCAUUAUGGUGAUCGGAUCGCUUUAAUGGCUUUUGCCAAGAUCAAAAGCAGAAAAGAGUCAAACUCUGAAACAACCUUGGCCAACUGUACAAUGCAUCAACUAGGAAGAAGGCGGAAUUCUAAAUCAACAGGAAAUAAAAAUGGUUUGAAAAAGUCUCGUGCCAUAGAAUUGGGGUGGCUAAACCGCACUGGUAAAACAAGGUACAAACAAGUCAGAGCUCAGAAUGGUGGGGGCACAAGGCGUUUUCAAAUUGAUAAAGCCAUAACAGUUGGGGAACUAUUGAAUGUGGCAACAGCCACAUUUUUCCCGGGAGGAAUUUCGAAUUUUGGACAAUUAUGUGAUUACAUCUAUGAAAUUAAAGACUUUAAAGGUGAUAGCAUAGAAGAAAAUAAAACUAUGGAAGAUCUGUACAAAGACAGUCGGUUGAAAGUGUUACGUUUGUAUUUGUACACACGGCCAAGAGAACAAAUUUCUGAAACAAGAUCAGAGACAAAAUGUUCAGAAUCAUCUGAAGAUGAGCUGCCUAGUCUAUCAUCUGUGCAUGAAUUGAGAAGCAGUAGGAUGACAACCGUUGGGGCUUCCUCUUCACCAAAUGUGUCAACACCAGAAACACAUAUGAGCAACACAAGCUCCAGUCAAGAAUUGGUUUCUCCAGAUCCAGAUCAACAGUUACCAGACAUUACCCCACAGACUUCAGCUGCACAGGCGACCUUCAUUGAAACAGGCACACCUACAGUGCAGUUCAGACAAAGAAGAUCCUUAUCAUUGUAAUUCUCCAAUUUUGAGAGAUGUCAUUGAAGUGGUUGAUAGUGAAGAUGAAGAGCUUCGCAUGGAGUGUGAGAGGGAAGAAAAGGAUGAAACAGAUUAUCAUGCAGAGACUGCAAGUGUCGAAGAGAUAAUGAAGCAGUUUCAAAUGGAAACAGUAACGUCGGACACAAUCUUCAAGAUUCUUGUGCAAAGGUCACGCGUUCUUGAGACAGCUUUAAAAGGUCUUGAUAGAAAGUCAAUCAACUUUAAAUCUAAGCUGUACAUCAAAUUUUCCGGUGAAAUGGGAGAAGAUGCAGGUGGACCCAGACAAGAGUUUUUUAGAUUGGCUAUGCAAAACCUGAAGUCGUCAAGAUACUUCGAAGGUUCUGACUGCUGCAAGAUAUUUCAGCAUGAUAUAUCUGCGCUUGAAGCUGGUAGUUAUAGACUGAUUGGGCGUCUAGUUGGAUUGUCGUUUGCGCAUAAUGGACCUGGACUCCAUUUCCUUUCAAAAGAUCUAUACAAUUUGAUGGUUGAGAAGAAGAUGAAAAUUCAAGAGGAGGACAACCUUCUACCAGAAGAAAAAAAAAAUAUGAUAAAAAAGUUGAGAGAAGCUGAUGAUGAUGCAAAAAAAGACGCGUUUACUGAAAUGUAUGGCGAUCAACUCCUGGACCUUGGAAUUCCGAAUGUGUUCUUAAUGGCACAACAAAAUGGACUGAAACUGAUUGAGUUGAUUGUAAAACAUCACAUAUAUUACAGGAUAUCAGGGGAAAUAUCGCAGUUCUGUGAUAGAAUGAAUGAUGUAAAUGGUGCAUGGUCAAUGGUGACUACCCAUGCAGACCUUUUCCAAGGAAUGUUCUGCUACAAGCCAGAGAUGCUGUGUGGGGAUGACGUGAUUAAUUUAUUUCAAGUGAAUGAUGGUCUGCAAGGCUCUAAUGACAGAUCCCUUGAAGAUACAUCAAUAUUUGGAUGGGAAUUAUUUCUACAAGCCAUUGAAGCUGGCCAGACUGAUGUGUCCUUUGAAGAUUUACUCACUUUUAUCACUGGAGCAUCAACGCUUCCUCCUUGUGUUUUUCACAAAUUGAUAGACAUCGAUUUUUAUUCAUGUGAUGGCAGAUUGCAUUCAGUGUCAACUUGCGCACUGCAGCUCUGGCUUCCAAGAGUUACAGACCCAGACUUGAUCGGAAUCAUGAUAACAAGGGCGUGUAAAGAGUCUCAUGGAUUUUUGAAAGUCUAAAUUGAUUGGGUGAUUAUAUAGUUAGACACAAAGGACAUUAGUUUUUUGUUUCUUAGAUUUUAUUUUCAAUGAUGUCUUGAUGGUUUUGGUUUGGGGAGGGAAAAACAUAAAUUAAAUUUAAGGAACACCAGUAACGACUCUAAUAACCUCAAAUUGUUUAAGCAAUACGAUAAAUGUAAUAUAGAUUAAUAUAUAUAGGUAAAUACUUCAUAAAUAUUUAUGGCUUUUAGUAGCUUAGAUCUGCAAUUUGAAACAGUGUGUAACUCCUUUGUUUUUAAAGGAAAUGUUUAACAUUUCAAGCCACUCAUUAAAUAGCAAAUACGAGAAUUGCUAGUUUUUACUCAUCAAGUAACGACUUUAAAGUUUUAACAACAACUAGAGAUAACGUAAUUAUGUACCAUUUCUAUGGUAGCUUUUGUAUAUUUUUGGAUUUUAAAAAGACUGUGGUAGACGGCUCACGCAAAACACAAAUUAAAUUGGCCAUCAUAUAUGUUGCAUUUUCUAGUUUGACUAAUUGAAAGAAUAAGCUAUUCUCCCUUCCCAAGCAUUUGCUUUACUGUUUAGGCUUACUUUCUUUAUUACGCCCCCGGUAGGGUGGCAUAUAGCAGUUGAACUGUCCGUCAGUCAGUCUGUCCGUCCGAAAACUUUAGCAUUGCCCAUAACUUUUGCAAUGUUGAAGAUAGCAUCUUGAUAUUUGGCAUGCAUGUGUAUCUCAUGAAGCUGCACAUUUUGAGUGGUGAAAGGUCAAGGUCAUUGUUCAAGGUCGAAGGACAAAUAUAUGGCUUCAAAGCGACGCAGUAGGGGGCAUUGUGUUUCUGACAAACACAUCUCUUAUUGUUGUUUUUAUUUAAGCUCACCUGAGCACAACAUGCUCAUGGUGAGCUUUUGUGAUCGCCUUUUGUCCGUCGUGCGUUGUCAACAUUUGCCUUGUUAACACUCUAGAGGCCACAUUUAUUGUCCAAUCUUCAUGAAAUUGGGUCAGAAGAUUGAUCUCAAUGAUAUCUUGGAUGAAUUCAUAAAUGGUUAUGUUUGCUUGAAAAACAUGGCUACCAAGGGGCGGGGCAAUUUUUCUUAUAUGGCUAUAGUAAAAUCUUGUUAACACUCUAGAGGCCACUUAGUGUGUUUUAAACCGAAAGUUUGUCCGGACCAAAACUUUGUCAAUUAUCGUUUGAUUUUAAAUGAAUUGGUACAUUUGUUCACCAUCAUAACACGGUGUGUCGUGUGAAAAAAAUAUGUUGAUAACUCCAAUGUCAAGGUCACACUUGGAGUUCAAAGGUCAAAUGCUUGUCUGGGCCAUAACUUUAUCAUGUAUUGUGAGAUUUUAAAAUUAUUUUGCAAAUUUGUUCAAAAUCAUUAGAUGGUGUUUCACGCGAAAGAAUUACGUCAAUAUCGUCAAGGUCACCCUUUGAGUUCAAAAAUUAAAAAUGAUAACUCAAGAACGCUUACAUUUAGGAUCAUGAAACUUCAUAGGUACAUUGAUCAUGACUGGCAGAUGACCCCUAUUGAUUUUCAGGUCAAUAGGUCAAAGGUCAAGGUCAUGGUGACUCGAACCAGUACAAUGGUUUCCAGAUGAUAACACAAGAACGCUCACGCCUAGGAUCAUGAAACUUCAUAGGUACAUUGAUCAUGACUCUCAGAUGACCCCUAUUGAUUUUCAGGUCACUAUGUCAAAGGUCAAGGUCACAGUGACUUGACACAGUAAAAUGGUUUCUGGUUAGAAUAAUGUUAGUUUAUGAAGGUGAAGGCUUUCAAAUGCAUUAUCAAUUGUGCAUUCUUUCAUAUUUAAAUGUUAUAAACUUCAGAUUGAUAUUACUUUUGUUUUUGGAAUUCAGAAAAAUGAUGCACUAUGUUAGCUUAGUAAACAAUUUACUGUUAUUGUUAUUUGUUGGCGAAAAAAAUCUUGAAAUGCAAAUUUAGAGUGUAGACAUUUCAGCUGUUUAUGUAUUUAUGUUCAUAUUAAAAAGCAAAAGAAUGUUUUAGUUAUAAAAAAAUCAUGCAUUUUUAUGUGAGGACAUUUCACUUAAUGUGAAAACAUGUACUUCGCUCAAUGUAUUUUAUGUUGUAACGAUCUAAAUGGAACUUGAUGCAAUAUACAUUUACCAACAAAUCGUUAUGUAAACUAACACAGCUGACUUUUUUGAUGUGCUUAUUAUUAUUUAGUAUCCUCAUAUUGUUGCAUUUAUUGUUAUUUCUUUACUUCAAUAAUCAAAUAAUCACUGUAUCGCAUAAUUGUCCUGCAUUGUGUCCCUGCUAUAUAUACUUUGUCUUUAUGUUAAACGUUAAUGUCUUUUUAUAUGCCCGUUUUUAAAAACAGGACGUAUUAUAGUUUCACCCUUGGCGGGCGGUGGGCGGUUGGCAGCGUCCACAGCAGUGUCUGCUCUCUAAUUCAAAUAGUUUUCAUCCGAUCAUCACCAAACUUGGUCAGAAGUUGUGUCUAGACAAUAUCUAGGUCAAGUUCGAAUAUGGGUCAUGCCGGGUCAAAAACUAGGUCACGGGGUCACUUAGUGCAUUUCAAGGAUUAAGCAUGGUGUCCGCUCUCUAAUUGAAAUAGUUUUCAUCUGAUCUUCACCUAAUUUGGUCAGAAGUUGUGUUUCGACGAUAUGUAGGUCAAGUUGGAAUAUGGGUCAUGCCGGGUCAAAAACAAGAUCACAUAGUGCAUUUCAAGCAUUUAGCAUGGUGUCCGCUCUCUAAUUGAAGUAGUUUACAUCUGAUCUUCACCAAAUUAAGUCAGAUAUUACAUCUGAAUGAUAUCUAGGUCAAGUUCAAAUAUGGGUCAUGCCAGGUCAAUAACUAGGUCUGGAGGUCACUAAGUGCAUUUCAAGCAUUGAGCAUGGUGUCCGAAACCUUCGAAUGGGCGUAUCUUGUGACAGUUUGGCACUCUUGUUCUUUUUUAAAAGUGCUACAUUAAUAAACUUGCGUAUGAUGCUACAAAUGUUCAUAAUUUUCCACUACCUUGCUCUUUAAAAUAUGAUUGACACAUCAAGAGAUUAAUAAAGACUCAAUUUUCCCUUAUUGUUAAUGGCUUUUGUUUGAUAACUAACUUCGGGCAUUUGAUGUAGUUUAUGUAAUUUUUUAUUUUUCUGAAAUUGGUUAUUAAACGACAGCACAACAAUAUAUUUGGGAACUUGAUUUAAUAAAAAAACAAAUAGUUUUAUAAUUAAAAGCUUCUGAGUGGAUUAUUGACUUUACCAAGAAAGGGUGGUUACCUUGAAUGGCUUUUUCUUUGAAAGGUGUAUUCUUGAAAAUGUACAAUUCUGAGUGGUGAUGAAUGCUAGGCUGUUACAGCUAUCGUAUACCACAUGAUUCAAUUCUAUUAUUCUAUUGUGAUUGUGUGCGUGCAUCUGUGCGUGCUAUGCUCAAUCCACUUUAUAUUAUGAUCCAUCUUAUUUUGAACAAUUGUUUAAUGUCUGUUUUAAAAAUAAUGUUUGGUAUUUACAGUUCAUUUCAGGUAUAUACCCUAGAAUGUUGCGACAGUAGUGAACGAUACUAAGGUGGAAAUCUUUUCCCAAAGCUUUUCACGAACCUAGUUAUUACAAAAUUGUGUAAAAACAAACACAAAUGUCCAAAUAUGAUCUGAACAAACUUUGUAACAUGCUUAAUUCUGAAAAUAAUUGUAACAGUACUUUGUUAUAUUGUGAAAAGCAUUAGAAAAGAUUGACAGUAUCUGCAAAAAUUAGCUGUUCUAAAAAAAUAUUCAAAGAUUUACUGGUCUAUUCCCUUGGACCAUUUUAAACUUUAAUUAAAAAGCUGUUAGUUUUUUUUUCAGUAUGUUUUGCACUACACAUGUACUAGUUGUACUCCGUAUAUACCUGUGCUUACAUCUUCUAUAUGCAAUAUCUAAUUAAAAACAAAAAAACACUA